ACACCUCACCCUCUCUUAACUGGAGUCCCCCAAGGGUCAGUCUUGGGUCCUCUCCUGUUCUCUCUCUACACCCGCUCCCUGAGCCCCCUCAUCGCAUCCUAUGGUUUCUCAUACCAUUUCUAUGCUGAUGAUGCUCAGAUUUUCCUCUCCUUCCCCACCUCUGACUCCACCAUCUCCUCCCGUAUCUCUACCUGUCUGUCUGCUAUUUCCUCCUGGAUGCACUCGCAUCACCUCAAACUCAACCUCUCUAAAUCUGACCUCCUUUUCUUUCCCUCCUCCUCCCCCUCCUCUGAUCUCUCUAUCUCUGUUCCUCUGGAAUCUACCACACUCUCUCCCUCUUCCUCAGCUAAGAACCUUGGAGUCACCCUGGACCCCUGCCUCUCUUAUUCCCAGCACAUCUCCACUCUGGCACGCACUUGCCGAUUCUUCCUGAGCAACAUCCGAAGAAUCCGACCCUUCCUCACCAACUAUGCUACCCAGCUCCUGGUCCAGGCCCUGGUACUCUCCUACCUAGACUACUGCAACUCCCUCCUGGCUGGUCUCCCUGCGUCCGCCACCCGUCCGCUCCAGCUCAUCCAGAACUCUGCUGCCCGCCUGGUGUUCUCUCUGCCUUGCUUCGCCCAUGCUACUCCACUACUCCGCUCGCUCCACUGGCUCCCGAUCACUGCUCGCAUCCAGUUCAAGACUCUUGUACUAGCCUACAGAUGCCUUGACCAGACUGCACCCAGCUACCUCCAGACGCUCAUCUCUCCCUACACCCCCACUCGACCUCUCCGCUCCGCCUGCACUAGAAGACUAGCUCUACCUCCGCUACGCUCCCCUGCCUCCAGAGCCCGCUCCUUCUCCACCCUUGCUCCGCAGUGGUGGAAUGACCUUCCUACAGAUGUCAGGACUGCCCAGUCCCUGACCACAUUCCUCCUUAAGACUCACCUCUUCAAAGAGCACCUGUAGAACUCCUCUGUUUGUAUCCUGGGACACUAUCACCCUUCAUUUAAAUGUGCUUUAUUUUGCUCUUAUCCGCCCCUAUUUUACUGCAUUUAAUCCUGUACUUCAGAAUACUGUAAUCUGCCAAGUGUUUAACCUGUAGUACUUUGUAUUUAAUCAUAUCCUGAUGUAACUAUCACUAUUUAAUCAUAUCCUGAUGUAACUAUCACUAUUAUCUGCUGUAUUAUUGAAUUGUGGUUUGUCACACUUAUACUUUGCUUGAACAAAAGUUAUUGUAUUUCUUGCUCUUAUUGUAUUAUUUGUAUUGUAACACUUGAAAUGUAUUUGCUUACGAUUGUAAGUCGCCCUGGAUAAGGGCGUCUGCUAAGAAAUAAAUAAAUAAUAAUAAUUGUCUUUUAGGUGGAAAUAUUCCCAGGCACUGGAGUGUAUAUUGACUAACUGUCCAGGAUCCUUGCAGAGAGGUGCAGCAUGAAUACAUUAUAUGUAAGAACCCUGACGGUUGCUGUCUUUGACAUUCCAACAUUACUAAAGAGCAAUCUUCGUGGUGGUGGCAGCAAGAGAGAUCCAACUUCGGAGAAAAAGACACCUCUGGAUUGCUUAAAGGGGCUACCAUGAAAAAGUUUCCGGGUACCCCAAAGCGUGUAAUUGGUGGUGCAAUUAACAGCAAGAUAAAUGAACUACGACACAGAAUGAAACCAGAGUGAAGAUUUGAAGGACCAGAUCUGUAUUUUUGUUUUGUUUUCAACAGGAUUGGGGUCAAUUCCAAUUCCAUUUUUAAUUCCCUUUUCAAUUCAAUUCCAAUAAAGCCUAUUCUGUGAAUGCAAAAAAGGAAUUGUAAUUUGGAAUUGAUUUGAAGGAGGAAUUGGAAUUGAAAAACAGGAAUUGACCCCAACCAUGGUUUUCAGUGAGUGUUGUACAAAUUGAUAUGUCAGGGCUUCUGUAAAAACUUUUUUUUUUGUUUGUUUUUGAAGACAAGCAAUCUUUUGGCUGUUAUCCUUUUGGGUAGUGUUUAAAAAAUAAGUUGUAAUACUUUUGAAUAGCACAGUAUUUCAAAGUUAUAUUACAAAAACUGCAUAGGACCAUUGUGCUUCUUGUCUGUCCUGUCAACGUUCUUUAGGUGACCCCAAUUUAAUUGUAAAUUGGGGGGGAAUAAGAGUAAAGGUCUGAAUUCUCAAAAACUGUUUUCUUUUAAAAUUGUGAUUUAUUCUUCAAAAAAACUGUUUAUCCUUUAAAAAGUUUGCCGAGUGAUAUAAGUCAUAUGUAAUGUAAUAGUAGUUCUAAACUAAGCAUAUUACAUAUGAGCUCAUUACAUAAAGUAAUGUAAAUGUUACUUAUUUUUGAAUAAGUGUUGAAAAUAAACAAACAUUUUGUGUAUAAA